AUGGAGCUGGUUGUCCUGAUCUUUGGGUUCUUCAUCGGUCUAUCUGUGAUCGUGUACUGUUACCUUCGCCGCCAGCAGGGUCAUCUCCGUCGAGCAGGUCUUCCAGUGGCCUCAAAUCCACACCUGGUUUACGGCAACGUCAAAGGAAUCGCCCAGACGGAACAUGCCUGUAAGGUAGCUCAACGGUUGUAUCAGAAGUUCAGGGAACGUGGCCUUCCACUGGGUGGAUUCAUGAACUUUUUCAUCCCGUCGGUCCUGGUUACGGAUCCUGAGUUGGUCAAGUGCGUGCUGGUGCGAAACUUUGACGUCUUCCACGAUCGUGGGUUAUUUGUGGACACCGAGUCCGAUCCGAUCAGUGGAAGUCUGUUCAGCUUGGAGGGAAGUCAUUGGCGGGCUAUGCGGCAGAAGUUGAGUCCGGCGUUCACCUCCGGCAAGAUGAAGCACAUGUUCGGACUGAUGGUGGACGUGGCAGAGCAGAUGAGACGGUUUAUGGAUACGAACUGUCAUCGAGCUGAUCUGCUGGAGAUGAAGGACGCUCUGCAGCGAUACUCGAUCGAUGUGAUCGGGAAUGUGGCGUUUGGAAUCGAGUGUAACAGUAUGGAAAAUCCGGAUUCGGAAUUUCGUCAGAUGGGAACGAAGGCGUUCCAGUUUGAUACGGUCCAACGGCUCAAGUUCUUUUUUGGCGGGAAAUACAAGGCGUUGAUGAAAGGUUUAGGGUUGAAAGUGUUUCCCGGUGAUGUGUCUGGAUUUUUCAGAAAGUUAACCGCCAGUACGGUUGAGUAUAGGGAAAAGAGUGCUGUUCGAAGGAAUGAUUUCAUUAAUCUGAUGCUGGAAAUCAGAAAUAAGAAUGGUGAGGAAGGACUUACGAUGGAUGAGCUGAGCGCACAGUGUUUUAUAUUUUUUACUGCUGGUUUUGAGACUUCAUCUGCUACAAUGAACUUUUGCUUGUACGAGUUAGCAAUGAAUCCGAGUAUCCAAAACAGGUUGAGGCAAGAGAUCGAAGAAGUUACUGGAAAGGACAAUGAUGGCUUCACAUAUGAGAAGAUGCUCUCGAUGGACUAUCUGGAUAGAGUCGUUAAAGAAACUCUCCGAAAGUACCCCCCUGCGGAAAGUCUAUUCCGCAUAUCAGCAGCACCGUUCGUCGUUCCGGAUACCAAAUACGUCAUCCCAGCCAACACUUUCAUUCAGAUUCCUGUUUACGCACUGCAUCAUGAUCCACAGCAUUAUCCGCAACCUGAUCGCUUCGAUCCGGAUCGUUUCCUGGAGGAAGCAGUGCAGAAGCGCCAUCCGUACAGUUAUUUACCAUUCGGAGAAGGACCUCGAAACUGCGUCGGGAUGCGAUUCGGACUGAUGCAGGUCAAGGUGGGACUUGUGAUGCUGAUCAGAAACUUUAGCUUUGCGCCUAACGCACAUACUCCACUUAAAAUAGAAUUUGAUCCGGAGUUUGUAGUAUUGGCUCCUACCAAGGGUAUGUACUUUGACAUUGAGCCAGUCAUAAAUAAUAAAUUGGUUCAAGCAUAAUCUGUCUACGAAAGA